UACACAAAUAAAAUGAACGAGGAAAAAGGAAAAUUAUGUGAAUUUCUUUCAAUAAUAAUUAAUUGUUCGUGAUAUCUUUGAUUCUCUUAUUUCCAUGUAAAAUAAUGGCGGUAAAUUUAGAAAGUUGUGACAGUCUUCCUCCAGAUGAGGAGCCAAAGUUGAAAUACGAUAGAAUGGGUAACGAUGUUCAAAACAUUCUUUUGAAAGACGCAGUGAGUUGUAUUUGUGUCCAUACAAAAUUUAUUUGUCUCGGUACACAGUGGGGAGUCAUACACUUACUCGAUCAUGAGGGCAAUACAGUUCCAAUAUCACAAGACGGAAAUGAGAAAGAGUUGCAGGCUCACGCGAUCGGAGUAAACAAGAUAUCUGUAGAUCUAAAUGGGGACUAUAUUGCGAGCUGUUCCGAUGACGGGAAAGUGGUAGUGCAUGGCUUGUACUCCAACGACAACACGCACAAUCUAUCACUGGGAAGAGUGGUCAAAUCAGUGGCUCUCGAUCCUUAUUAUUUUCGAUCUGGAUCAGGACGACGGUUCCUAACAGGUGACAAUAAAUUGGUACUCUAUGAAAAAUCAUUUUUAAAUCGUCUUCGUAGUACAGUACUCUGUGAGUGUGAAGGCUACGUACAAUCCAUGGCCUGGCAUGAAAGGUUUGUAGCAUGGGCCAGUGAAGUUGGUGUUCGAGUCUAUGACCUAGUAGCUAGAUGCUCUCUUGGCCUUAUUCAAUGGGAAAAAAGCCCAAACAGAUCCAUUGAAGAUUAUCGAUGCAAUUUACUGUGGUCUGCUCCUAAAACCCUCAUGAUUGGAUGGGUUGAUACAAUCCGAAUAUGUAUUAUUAGAAAAAGAAGUCAAAUUGAAUUACAAACUCGGGAUGUGACUGAAUACCUUGUAGAUCCUGUACAUACUUUUCAGACAGACUAUUAUAUAAGUGGCUUAGGACCGUUUGAUGAUCAGCUUGUUUUGUUGGGAGUACCAAAAGAAUGUGACCCAGAAACAGGGAAAGCACAGAGACCCGUUCUAUCAGUAGCUGAUUAUAAAGACUGUGAGUUUUGUGAAGUUUCCACAGACCACCUCAACAUUAGAGGCUAUGAAGAAUAUUCAUGCAAUGAUUAUUAUUUGGACAUGCUCAUUGAAGAAAAUAGAUUUUUUAUUGUUUCACCUAAAGAUAUAGUGAUUGCCAGUCCGUAUGACAUUGAUGACAGAGUGAACUGGCUAACAGAACAUGGAAGAUAUGAAAAAGCAAUUACAGUUUUAGAAGAAGUAGGAGGGAAGACAAGUAGACAUUCUGUGGUCACUGUUGGUGUGCAGUACCUGGACCAUCUCAUGUCUGACCACCUGUAUGAGGAAGCAGCCAUUUUAUGUGCAAGAAUAUGUAAAACAGAUAAGGUCUUAUGGGAAAACCAAAUCGUAAAGUUUGCUGAAGUCAAUCAACUUAGAACUAUCAGUCCAUAUGUGCCUAAAAAUCCUGAGCAAGCUCUAAGUCCACACAUCUAUGAACUUAUAUUUUAUGAAUAUCUCAAAGUGGAUCCACAAGGAUUCUUAAAAUUGGUAAAAGAAUGGAAUCCAGAGCUAUAUAAAACUGGCUACAUUAUAAAAGAGGUUAUAGAACACUUGCUGACCAGUGAAGUUGACAAAAAUGUCUACUUAGAAGCCUUAGCUUUACUGUAUUGCUAUCAAAAAAAGUAUGACAAGGCACUCACCACAUACUUGAAGCUCCAACACAAAGACGUCUUUAAACUAAUCACUAAACACAAUAUGUACAAUGUCAUACAUGACAAAAUAUUAGAUCUGAUGACCUUAGAUUGUGACCAAGCAAUCUCAGUUCUCUUAGACAAAACAGUGAUUUCUAAGCAAUUGCAAGUUCCAGUAGAAGUUGUUGAGAAGCAACUUGAAAAUAAUGACAUAUAUCUGUACAAGUACUUAGAUGCAUAUAGUAAAAUUGAAUCUAAUAGAAGAUGCCAUGAGAAACUGGUGGGUCUGUAUGCUAAAUAUGCCAGAGAUAAGUUACUACCAUUUUUGAAAUGCAGUGAUGAUUAUCCAAUACCAAAAGCAUUUGAGAUCUGUCAAAUGAAUGGCUUUUAUCCAGAAAUGGUUUUUCUACUUCAACGUAUGGGCAACACUAAAGAGGCCUUACAGAUCAUCAUAGAAGAGCUGAAUGACAUUAACCAAGCUAUAAACUUCUGCCAGGAACAUAAUGAUAAAGAACUGUGGUCUGACCUCAUCAAGCAGUCAGUGGAUAAGCCUGACUAUGUAACGUUACUACUUAAGAGAAUAGGGAACUAUGUUGACCCUAGGAUGCUUAUCCAAAACAUAGAGCCUGGCUGUGAGAUAAAGGACCUCAAAGAGUCCUUGGCCAAGAUGAUGUGCGACUAUCACCUACAGCUCUCUGUACAGGAUGCCUGUAAGGUGAUAACAUUGAGAAACUACUUUGACUUGCAUGAGAAACUAAUUUUAACCCAACAGCGAGGCAUAUCAGUUACAGAUGAUUUCAUGUGUUGUGUGUGUCAGGGUCGCAUCAUUAUCAAAGACUUAGCCGAUGCAUCUGACCUUAAGGUUUAUAAUUGUCGACACUCUUUCCAUGUAGAAUGCUUACCGGAUGGUGUUCAGUGCAAUAGUUGUACAGUGUGUAGUGCUGUUAAAAUGUGACCCAUAUUACCAGUAUAUAAAGAUGCUCAAUGUAGUAUGGAUAUUUAUCCAUUUUAAAUAUUGUAUAUAAAUUGAUCAAGGGAAUGAUAUUUUUCCAUAUAAACUAACUUUAUUGUAUUAUGUAUGUAUUAUUCUGUGUUAUCAGCCAAUUUAUUUUUGUUUAAAAUUUUAUCAGUAUGGUGCUUUUGAAAUA